CGCGGCACUGAAGUCCCGCCACGACCGCACGGCCCCUUCAACCGAGCAACGCCCAGCCUGGGAUUUACGUACAACUCCGCCGAAUAUUUUUUUACUGUAUCUUUACUACAAACAAACGCAACACGACCAUCAUCGCCAUUCACUAUGCUUCAGAGGACCCUUUUCCGCUCAUCAAGACAGGCUGCGCGCUGCGUAACACGGUCGCAGGCGCCCUUCGCUGCGCAGGUUCCUAGACAGGUCGGCGCGAUAAGAUGGUAUGCGGAGCAGCCAACUGCGAAGGAGGGCGAGACAGCAGCACAGAAGACGAGUGGAGAGCAGGCAUCACAGCAGCAGCAGCAGCAGAAUGAGGCUACUCAACUAAAAGAGCAACUCGAGAAGAAAGAUAUGGAGAUAAUUAACCUCAAGGACAAAUACCUCCGCUCCGUCGCCGACUUCCGCAACCUCCAAGAGCGCACAAAGCGCGAGAUCCAAGCCGCAAAGGACUUCGCCCUGCAACGAUUCGCCAAGGACCUCAUCGACAGCGUCGACAACCUCGACCGCGCCCUCACCACCGUGCCCGCCGAGAAGCUCUCGAGCGGGGAGAACCCGGACCUCGUCACCCUGCACGACGGCCUCAAGAUGACCGAGUCCAUCCUCCUGCAGACGCUGAAGAAGCACGGUCUGGAGCGGUUCGACCCGUCGCUCGAGCAGGAAAAGUUCAACCCGAAUAUCCAUGAGGCCGUGUUCCAGGCGCCGCAGCCGGAUAAGGAGGAUGGGACGGUUUUCCACACGCAGCAGAAGGGCUUCAUGCUCAAUGGCCGCGUGCUGCGCGCCGCAAAGGUCGGCGUUGUGAAGAAUUCAUAAGGAGCACCAAGAGCACCGCCAUCGCUUUAAACCUCACUCCCGACAGGUUCGACGGCGCGUGUGCCACGAAUGCGUAAUUCGUAUGCGCCACGAAUUCCUGUUACUCGAAUUUCUCUCAUCUACCUUCCGUUGUACAAGUAUUUCUUCGGGACAAUGGCGUUAUUCCGCGCUCUCGGAGGUUGUAAAAAUAUUCCCCUCUCUCGCAUCUUUAAGCAUGUAUGAAAAAGAUGGUCUGGCUGGCAUAUGCCGUGUCCGAUUUGUAUAGUAUAAUUGGUUUUAUGAAGCCGAGGAAGGCAGCCAAGGCUGUCUGAAUGGAGAGCGCUGCAUCGAGGCAGUAGAUGGUUCUCAGCCACCCCUUAUCAUCAAACCUGCAAGUUCGUGAUGGGAGAUACUUCAGUUACGUUAAGGCAAGAUGCAUCUUAUGAAAUCGCCAUAUCUCUCUCUAUACAAGGAAAUCAAGCUGAAACGGCCUUUU